ACAAUUUGGUUACAUUUUAGAGAGAAAGUCUACAUUGAAAUGAACAUUGUGAGAAAACUCAAUUUAAUGAUACCUUGGAGUAUAUUCUUGCUUCAUAUACUGCUGUUUUCAUUGCAAGGAUAUAUUUGUGCAUCAUCCAUCUUGACGGAAACAUCAAAAAACGGAUUUAAUGAAAAUCGACAGAAAAGAGCUCUUUUAGCAGCGCAGUUUGAAGCAACAUCUCCAAGAUACUUCUUCCAUGAAGCUAUUAAUUGGGGUGAGAGUAAAAUAAAAGGUUCUUGCCCUCAUGAAUGCCUUAACGGAGCUUUCUGUUCUAAGGCUGGUACAUGUGACUGCCAAAUAUUUCAGGCACUUGGGACACGGUGCCAGAUUGUGCCAAACAUGGGCAAUGGCAGAGAUGGGAUUUGCAAAACCUGGGGACAGUACCACUUUGAAACGUUUGACGGCAUCUACUAUUAUUUCCCAGGAAACUGUUCUUACAUUUUUGCAAAAGACUGUGGUAAUUUAGAGCCUCAGUACACUGUAUGGGUUCAUAAUAGCCCUAAGUGCCUUGGUUCAGUGUAUUAUUGUUACCGAUCGAUCAGUUUGUUCUUUUCAGACCAACAGGAAAUUCGAAUUUAUGGGCAUGAAAUAAAAAAGAAUGGAAUCAGUUUAACAUUGCCUCAGACAAUUGGACAGGUUUCUGUUGAGAAACUAGCUGACUACAUUCUGGUGAAAACAACCUUUGGUUUUUCAUUGGCUUGGGAUGGAAUAUCUGCAAUUUACCUCAAAAUAUCUGAGGAGCUUAAAGGGAAAUCAUGUGGCCUAUGUGGAAACUACAAUGGCAUUCAAUCUGAUGAUUUCAUCAUUCAACAAGAGGACUAUACAGAAGACAUUGCUAUGUUUGCAAAUAGUUGGUUGGUGCAAACUCCAGAUGACAUCAAAUGCAUACCCACACCCUCAGAUUUUCCAAAUCCAUGUUCCAGUGGAAUGCCAGCAUUUGAGGCGAUCUUCUUCAAGUGUCAGAUACUGUUGCAGUUUCCUUUUUUGAGCUGCCAUGAAUAUAUUGACCCAUAUUUAUACAUUGCCAGCUGUGUUAACGAUCUUUGCAAAACCGAUGAUGAUGAUACCUAUUGUCGAGCAGCCACUGAGUAUGCUAGAGCCUGUUCCCACGCUGGCUACCCCAUUCAAGACUGGAGAGAUGACUUCCCAGCAUGCACUGAUAAAUGUGAUGAUAGCUUUGUCCACCGGGAUUGUAUCAGUUGUUGCCCAACCACCUGCACAUUUGAGAAACAAUGUCUUGGGAGCAAUCUCCACUGUCUUGAUGGAUGUUACUGUCCAGAUGGCCUCAUCAUGGAAAAUGGGACUUGCAUCUCCUUGGAAAGUUGCCCAUGUAGUUUUCAUGGAUUAGCUUAUUCAGUUGGUUCCAAAAUUGAACAAGAAUGCACCGAAUGUGUAUGUGUUGGUGGCAUUUGGAACUGCACUGAGCAUGACUGCCCAGUUCAAUGUUCUGUUGUAGGUGAUUCUCAUUUUACAACUUUUGAUGGUCGACAUUAUUCUUUUAUUGGAAUGUGUCAAUAUAUCCUUGUGAAAGCAACUGGAAAGGAGAAAUUCACAAUUACCUUACAGAAAGCUCACUGUGAGCAGAAUCUUGGCUUGGUCUGCCUUCAGUCUAUAACUCUAAUUCUGGAUGAUGAUUUUGAUAAACAAGUAACCCUUAGUCGGGGAGGACAAAUCAUCACCAGUCCUAACCAAGGCUUCAAUCUGAAUGGAAUUGUUGAAAUUCAAACAGUGUCAUCCUUAUUUAUCCUUCUAAAAACCACGUUUGGCUUAAAGAUUCUGUUUGCUAUAGAUGGGGAAAGAGUUUAUAUUCAGCUCACCAGUACAUGGAAAAGAAGAACACUAGGUCUAUGUGGCACUUUUAAUGGGAACAUAAGGGAUGAUUUUCUUUCUCCAUCAGGCAUGAUAGAAGGCACACCACAACUUCAUGCAAAUGCUUGGCGAGUUUCCUCCACUUGUUUUGCACCUGUUCAUGUUCCUAUGGUGGACCCCUGUAACAUUAAUCAACAAAACAUUGGCUACGCAGCGCACUGUGACGUCAUCCACCAAGAGCUCUUUGCUCCUUGCCACUUCUACAUCAGCCCUGGGCUGUACUACCAGCUGUGCCGCCACGAUGCCUGCAAGUGUGGAAGCACCUGCCUAUGCAAUGCUCUCGCCCACUAUGCCUACCUCUGUGGCCAGCGUGGUGUCACCAUUGAUUUCAGAACUCACGUUUCGUUCUGUGGGGUGGUGUGCCAGGAAGGCAUGCUGUACCAUCACUGCUCCUCCUUCUGCCGCCGCUCCUGUGUCUCUCUCGCCUCCCUUGAGCAGUGCAGUGACGACUGUGCUGAAGGCUGCAACUGUCCUGAGGGCAAAUACUAUGAAGACACACUUCACUUUUGUGUGCCCAUAUUUCACUGUCGGUGUCAUUAUAGGGGGAGCGUUUAUCAACCUGGAGAGCUUAUCCCAACACCCUCCGGCUUAUGCCAAUGUUCAAAUGGGACUGUGAAAUGUGAUGAGCCAGCACCGCCCUCUACUGUUCAUGCCUGCCCCGAGGGAAAAGUGUAUUUCAACUGCAGGUUUCCUGAUCCCGAAUUGCCAGCUGGUGGUGUAAAUUGUGAGAUUACAUGUGCAAACCUGGCCAUGAACUUCACUUGUGCCCCAUCCUCACCCUGCAUAAGUGGCUGUGUUUGUGCUCCAGGAAUGGCGGAGCACCGAGGAAAGUGUUAUGUUCCUGAAAGCUGUCCGUGCAUCUGGAAAGACUGGGAGUACCUCUCAGGAGAAGUGAUUGCUACACCAUGUUAUACCUGUGUUUGUCGACGAGGAAUGUUCAAUUGCACAUACUAUCCAUGUCCAGCAGUGUGCACAAUAUAUGGGGAUCGGCAUUAUCAUUCUUUUGAUGGACUGGAAUAUGACUAUAUCGGUGAUUGCCAGGUAUUUUUGAUAAAGAGUGAAGAUGAAGCAGAUAUAUCUGUCAUUGCCCAGAACAAGAAAUGCUUUGACAACGAUAUUGUAUGUUCUAAAAGUGUUUUGAUUUCAGUUGGGGACACUGAAAUUUACCUGAAUGAUACUCCUGACAAAGAGAAACGAUCAGGUUUUUUUCUGGAAAAUGAACCUACAUACCAGCUUUGGAAGGCAGGUUACUACAUGGUGGUAUACUUUCCAGACAAAGAUAUCACUAUUCUUUGGGAUAAAAAGACAACCAUUCAUAUCAAAAUUGGACCGCAGUGGAAGAACAAAAUAUCAGGCUUAUGUGGAAACUUUGACAAAUGUACUUCAAAUGACAUGACCACAUCUAAUAACAUAGAAGUGAGAAAUGCCCAGGUGUUUGGAGAUAGCUGGGCAUUAGGACAGUGUGAAAACGCACAUGAAUUAUUUAAACCCUGUGAGGCACAUCAGAACAAAUUUCCUUAUGCCAAGAAAGAAUGCUCCAUUUUGUACAGCGAUGUUUUUGCUCCUUGUCGCAAUGUGAUUGAUGUUACUUCUUUUGCCAAAAAUUGCCAUGAAGACACUUGUAACUGUAAUCUCGGUGGGGACUGUGAAUGCUUAUGCACAAGCGUAGCAGCGUAUGCAUAUAAGUGUUGUCAGGAAGGGGUAUCGGUCCACUGGAGAUCCUCUACUGUUUGUGCACAUGAUUGUGACUAUUUCAAUGAAGGGCUUGGAGAAGGUCCAUAUAUGCUGGCAAGUUAUGGGCAGAGUGGCCUUGUUUUGGGGGCCAAUAUAACCAGCAGAAGCAUUUUCCCUUUGUCAAGAAUUGGAACUCAAGGUGAUUUAUUUUUUAUUUUUAUGAUCACUCCAGGUCUUUUCAAAGAGAAGGCAUCAUCACCAGCACUUGUGUCCUUGGAAUCUGCUGAAAGGCCAAACUACUUUCUCUAUGUCCACAACAAUGACACUCUUAGUUUGAAACUGUGGCAGGUGAAUUCAGCGUUUCAUCGAAGAGCCACAUUUUUCCACCACCAGGGCCUGUGGAUUCCUGGUUACAGUGCAUUUGAGUUAUACAGCAAGAAAGGCUUUUUCAUCACACUCACGGAUUUUACUGUCAAAGCAUCAAAAUACGAUGAUUCGGAAGAAUUUAAACAUGCAAGUAGCUUCAGCAUAGAAGAAAUCCAGGCAGUAGUGCCUUACAGGAGGAUGUGUGAAUGGAGAUACGAACCUUGUGCCACUCCCUGUUUUAGAACGUGUAGUGAUCCUGAAGCACUGGCAUGUAAAUUUCUUCCACCGGUUGAAGGAUGCUUGCCCUACUGCCCUAAACAUAUGAUCCUUGAUGAGAUCACCCUCAAAUGUGUUUAUCCAGGAGACUGCAUACCUCUGAUUCCCAUGUCACCAGGUCCAGAAACGGUUUCUCCACCAGACGUCACUGUGGCCGACAUGCUAACACCCACCCCAGGUUUGGAAUGUGAGCCUCAACAAUUUGAUCCUGUUUAUAAUUGUAGCCAAUAUAUAUGCCUUAAUAUGGAAUGGAAGUUGUACAACUGGUCUCUCAAUUGCCCAAAGGACUUGGAAAUGCCUGACUGUGGUUUCCGGGGAAGGCCUGUUCAAGUGAACACUGAUAUCUGCUGCCCUGAGUGGGAAUGUCCUUGUCGGUGUUCCAUGUUGUCAGAAUUGAGCAUCAUUACGUUUGAUGGAAACAAUGCAGCAUUAUAUAGUAUGGCUUCUUAUAUCUUAGUACGAAUUCCUGGGGAAGUUAUAGUUGCUCAUAUUGAAAAAUGCUCCAUGAAUCAGAAUGAGGACUCAUUUCAAAAGCUAGCUUCUUCUGAAAGAAUCUCUGGACUUUGUUUUAAGAGGUUAAAUUUGACAACAUCUAUACAUAAAAUACUUGUCAAUCGGGCAGCAAGAAAGGUAGAAGUGGAUUCUAUUGUUGUGCCUUUGCCCUUUUCAAAUCAAGAACUGUUGAUAGAGGAUUCAGGUAAUAUGUACGUGAUUACUACUCCAGCUGGACUAAUCAUAAAGUGGGCUCAUCUCACAGGAAUCUUAGACAUUCAUUUUGGCUUUCAAUUUAACUUGUCCUCCUCCACAGAAGGACUUUGUGGAAUUUGCAAUGAUGAUCCAGAUGAUGAUCUAAGGAUGCAAAAUGGCACAAUUAUUACAAAUAUGGAAGACAUAGAAUUAUUUAUUGAGAGCUGGGAAAUUGAGAAAUCAUUUAAAGUAAUAACAAGAAGACCUGUUAGAAAUUGCACUGAGUAUGAUUGCAGUCACUGCAUUGAAUUAUUAAAUAGAAAAGUUUUUGUUCCAUGCCAUGAUAAAGUUUCACCACAGAACUUUUGUGAAAAGAUGUGGAUCAAUUAUACCAAUCAUUGGAACCAUGAGUGUGAUGCACCGUCUGCGUAUGUGGCUCUGUGCAACAAUUUUGGCAUCUGUAUUCAGUGGAGGACACCUGAUUACUGCUCUCUGAGUUGCCCAGAGGGUAAGGAAUAUCAACCCUGUGUGCGACCCUGUGAGGCAAGAACAUGUCUGAACAGAUGGUUCUAUGGACACUCUUCAUGUCUGAAUGUAAGAGAAGAUUGUGUGUGCAAAAAUGGAACCAUUCUUCACAGGCCAUAUUCAACCCAGUGCAUUCCAGAGGAAGAAUGUGCAUGUACUGACAGUAACGACCAGCCCCGCACUGCUGGGGAGAUUUGGAAUGGGGGUGUUGAUGAAUGUGCCCUCUACAAAUGUCUGGAGAAUGGAAGCAUCAUUCCUAUAGAGCCUGACUGUGAGGAAGAGCCCUCGCCAAUUUGUGAACGAGAGGCUGAGCUCAUCCUGGGCAUCGUUGACAAGGAGUCCUGCUGCUCAAAGGAGGUUUGUGGAUGUGACAUGACCUUGUGUGAUAUGACCAUUCCGACAUGCACAGAUAGCCAAAAAUUGUACAUUGGUCAUAGCCCUCUUUCUUGCUGUCCACAGUACCAAUGUGUGUGUGAAUCUUGCACUGAACCUAUUCCACUAUGUACUGAUGGGGAAUUUCUCACUGUGGAUCUUAAUACCACACAGUUCUGUUGUCCUCAGUAUUACUGUGUUUGUGAGCCAAAUCUUUGUCCUGUGCCACAACUCAACUGUGCAGAAGAUAUGAAACUUGUGAAAGAAAAUGUAUCUGGUCAAUGUUGUCCAAUAUGGCAUUGUGAAUGUAGCUGUGAAAACCUUGUUAUACCAACUUGUGAAGUGGGAGAAUUUACUACAAUAGACCAUAACUUUCAGAGUGACUGUGGAUGUGUGCAGUAUCUCUGUGAAAAAGAUGAUGUGUGUGUAUUUCAAGAAGUAUCAGUAUUGAAUCCUGGCCAAUCUAUGAUAAAGUAUUUGGAAGGAGACUUUUGUCAUACGAUAGAGUGUCUGGAAGAAAAAGAUAACCUUACAGGCUUUCACACUCUGAAUUUCACAAUGGUGAAUUGUUCAAAAGAAUGUGACAUUCACCAGGCAUAUACUCCAUCUCCAAGUGAUUAUGAUUGUUGUGGUACCUGCAAAAAUGUAUCCUGCAAAUUUCAAAUGGAAAAUGGAACAUCAGUUAUAUAUGAGGAGGGGAGUAUGUGGCACUAUAACUGUACCACAUAUGAAUGUGUCAAGACUGAUGAAGGAACAAUGAUUCUGAACUACAGUAUGGUCUGCCCCCCUUUUAAUGAGACUGAAUGCAAAAUGAAUGAAGGAGUUGUAAAGCUUUAUAAUGAAGGCUGUUGCAAGAUCUGUAAACGAGAAGAAAGAAUAUGCCAGAAAGUGAUUAUUAAAUCAGUUAUAAGGAAACAGGACUGUAUAAGUCAAAGCUCUAUAAAUGUUGCUUCUUGUGAUGGAAAGUGCCCAUCCGCCACCAUAUAUAACAUCAACAUUGAGAGCCACCUAAGAUUCUGUAAGUGUUGUCGUGAGAAUGGAGUGCGGAAUCUGACUGUGCCCCUGUAUUGUUCGGGAAAUGGCACCGAGAUCAUGUACACGCUCCAGGAACCUAUAGACUGCACAUGCCAGUGGAAUUAGACGUGUGGAUUCCAGAACUCUAUGCAACAUCACCGAUCAAAUGGAGUUAACUUUCAGCACUGUUAUUUAGGCACUGGGCAGAUUUAUACUGUUUACUGAUAAUGUACUUUUCAGACUAUUGGGAUAUAGCAAUUAACAAAAAUACACACAAUUCCCAUGGAAAAUUAGAUGUAUUAAUUUACUCAAUUUUAGAGAAGUAAAUUAUUUUAAGUUGUUCAGCUGGAAUACUAUACAUAUUAUUGCAACAUGCUAAAAACCUGAGAUAUGCUCAUUAAGCAGGUUAUUUUGCAGAAUUCUUAAAGUUUCAUUCAAUAGUCAUUUUUUGAUAUUCUGGUAAAUGUAAUCAGUUAAAAUUGGUAUCUGGAUAGUCAUAAAGGGUGGUAUGCCUAGAGACAGAUCAUAGAACUAUAGGAUUUUAGAAUUUUAAAAACUUGAAUAGAUAUUAGGGGUAUUACUACAAAUCCCCCUCAUUUUGCAGGUCUAGCAGAUAACCAGAGAAGCUGGUGACUUGUACAAAUUAAUUCAGUACAACAAUAUAUUGAAUUCAUGUUAAUAGUUAAGUCUAGAUAUUUAAUAUUCCAGUCCUAUGUUCUUUUCUUUUGGAUGGUACAGUAAGAUGUCUAUCACAGAAUCUUUCAUUCUUAAAGAGUUAGCCUUGCAUAGGAUUAAGAAUUUUAAAUUCAAUGCCUUUAUAAAAAAAAAGAAACACAAUGCCACACAUUCAUAUGUAUAUACAUACAUUUAAUAGUUAUUCCAAUAAUAAGGAAUGGGGAAAUGUAGCAUCAGUUCCUAAAUAGAGGAGGGAUAUCUUGGCCUUUUAUUUUUUUAUACCAUUAAAACUAUUAUUAAAUAUGUUGUCACUACUUAACAUUUAGUUAGCUAUUUACUAUCUCAUGCACAUCUGAUUUUUGAGAUGUAUUUGCAUACUAUUGAAGUUACAUGCUUUUUGCUUUUCAUGCUGCUGCUUUGCCAAUGAAGAAUGAGAUAAAAUUAUUUGAAUGUAUUAAUAAUUCUAUAACAGAAUGCUGCACUUCUUACAUACAGAUUAUUGACAUAUGCAAGGAAUAUAUCCUGAGAUCUUUGCAAAUGUCAAAAUUCUUUGACAUUUAUAGUACAUAAUUGUCUGAGUUUCCUUGUAUGUAAAAAGGAGAGAAUGCUCUACUUGGUAUUAUUAUCGUGAGGACCUAAUGAAGUCAGACAUCAACAGGAGAACAGUAAAGUUGCAUUGAAAAGCAGAUGCGGGGCCUGAUCAUCUAGGCUCAGAUAUGAGCUAGGUGAUUUCUUUGGUUUUGAGAUCAUGCUUCCCCCCAAAAUUGCAACUUAUUAGAUAUUUUGGAUCUCCAGGGUUACUUAGAAAUGGGUGAAAGAAUGAAAUGAACAUCUACAAAGUCCCAGUGUCUACUGUAUAUAAAAGUUGAUUUUAUCUUAUUUGUACUUAAUAUAAGUGUUUCAUCUAGAUGUUAACAUUUCAAUAUUCUUUGACCCCUAUUAAUAUAUAGACCGAAUCAAAUGCUUUUGGUUAAAAUAAAUUAACAUUUUGCUUAAGAAAAACUGUUAUGUACCUCAAAUGAACACAUAAUACUGUAUACUGUCUACCACACAUUUUUUUUUAUUUUCAUGCUCUAUAAAAUAUUUAUUAAAUUAAAAACAAGUCAUCUUUAAACCUAUUUGUGGGAAAAGGGGCACCAUUCUCCUAGAACUUUAUAAACAUUCUCAAAUACAGGAAAAAUAUAUUGAGCACCUGCUACCAGUAUGUGCCAGACACAUUCUAAGCUCUGAAGGACACAGGCAAAACAAUAAAUACACAGUGCUCAUACUCACACAACUUACAGUCUAGUAAGAAAGUAGGCAUUUGAUAGAUAAACAGCUAUGAGAAAGACAGACCAAAACUUUUUGGAAUGUAGUAUAUGAUAAAGGUGGCCCUCAAAUCAGCAGAGGAAUACAAAUGAACUUUCCAUAAAUGGUGUUGAAACAAAUGUAUUGUAACUUGGACAGAGAGAAAUUAGGAUUCAUACAUCCACUGACAUCAGGUUAAAUUCUAAACCUAUCAGAGGUUUAAAUGUGAAAAAG